AGGACAGGCAGCGAGCUGAGCACAGGAGGGGCCCUAUGGACCUGCCCCCGCAGCUCUCCUUCGCCCUCUACAUGGCUGCCUUUGCGCUGGGCUUCCCGCUCAAUACCCUGGCCAUCGCAGGCGCCGUGUCCCACGCCCGGCUGCGCCUCACCCCCAACCUGGUCUAUACCCUCCACCUGGGCUGCUCUGAUCUCCUACUGGCGAUCUCUCUGCCUCUGAAGGCGGUGGAGGCCCUGGCCGGGGGAGCCUGGCCCCUGCCGGCCUGGCUCUGUCCUGCCUUCGCCCUGGCCCACUUCGCUCCGCUCUACGCGGGCGCGAGCUUCCUGGCUGCCCUGAGUGCCGGCCGCUACCUGGGAGCCGCCUUCCCCUUGGGCUACCAAGCUGUCCGGAGGCCGCGCUAUUCCUGGUGCGUAUGUGUGGCCAUAUGGGCCCUUGUCCUCUGUCACCUGGGGCUGGUCUUUGGCUUGGAGGCUCCGGGAGGCUGGCUGGACAAUACCACCAGCUCCCUGGGCAUCAGCAAGCCAGUCAACGGCUCUCCAGUCUGCCUGGAGGCCUGGGACCCAGCCUCCGCGGGCCCUGCUCGCUUCAGCCUCUCUCUCCUGCUCUUCUUUCUGCCCCUGAUCAUCACGGCCUUCUGCUACGUCGGCUGCCUCCGGGCACUGGUCCGCUCAGGCCUGAGCCACAGACGGAAGCUAAAGGCGGCCUGGGUGGCCGGUGGGGCUCUGCUUACGCUGCUGCUCUGCUUGGGACCCUACAAUGCCUCCAACGUGGCUGGCUUCCUGCACCCCAACAUCGGAGGCUGCUGGCGAAAGCUGGGGCUCAUUACAGGUGCCUGGAGUGUGGUGCUCAAUCCACUGGUGACUGGCUACUUGGGAGGGGGCGCUGGCCAGGGGACAGCAUGUGUGGCCAAAACAAAAGGGGGGCCAUCCCAGAAGUAGUAGCCCCUGCAGCGGGGAAGGGACCAGGAGCAAGAGAGCCUGGCUGCUUCUCCAGGC